UUCAGUAACUGUUGCUUCCUCCAUGUGAAACAUUGUCGCCAGUGAGAGAGCUGCCCGGCGCCAUCUAGCGGCGGGAUCGGGAAUUACAAGAAGGAAUUCCUCUCUCUGGUGUCGAAUCUGUUACUCCGAAUCUGAACCCACACAUCACAGGCGAAUGUGCUGCUGCGGACAGGUGACUGUGUGUCUGCCCUUCAUUGUGGCUGGCUGGGACUUUGCAUAGGAUUGCAUUGCACUGCAGGCUGAUGGCAGCCCUGGGCAUGCACAGGCACCUCCAACAUGCACUUGGCAGGUGCCAGCUUCCCCUCUGCAGAUCACCCUGCUCCCAGCUCAGCACCAAGGCUGCAGGGCACAGGAAGGGUACACAGUGCUUCCCUGUGAUCAGAAGGGAUAUCCUGCCCCUGUAUAGGCAUGUGUAUGAGGCCAACACAAGGAACAGUGACAGCUGCAAGCACAGGUACACGGACUUGCUGGAAAAGGUAAAAUUAGGAGGUGGCGAGAAUGCGAUCCUACGGCACACCCAGAGGAACAGAAAGCUUCUGGUGCGAGAGAGGCUGAAAAUGCUUCUGGAUGAUGAAGACUUUCUAGAACUGGCUCCGUUUGCCGGCCUCAGUCUGCCGUACGGCGAUGUUCCCUCCGCUGGCUGCCUGGCUGGCAUCGGAAGGAUCUGUGGCGUAUGGUGCAUGGUCAUCGCUAAUGAUGCCACGGUGAAAGGUGGAACCGCUUACCCCAUAUCCGUAAAGAAGCAGCUGAGAGCCCAGGAGAUCGCUAUUCAUAAUCGGCUGCCCACCGUCUACCUGGUGGACAGUGGCGGCGCCUUCCUCCCUCUGCAGGCCGAGCUGUUUCCGGACAAGGAACAUGGCGGGAGGACAUUCUACAAUGAAGCCAUAAUGUCGGCGAUGAAAAUCCCUCAGGUGGCUGUGGUGUGCGGCUCGUGUACUGCUGGGGGAGCUUACAUUCCCACAAUGGCUGAGGAGACCAUCAUUGUAGACCGGAUCGGGACUAUAUUUUUGGCUGGACCUCCGCUAGUUAAAGCGGCCACGGGAGAGGACGUCUCGGCAGAGGAUCUCGGGGGAGCCAGGCUGCACUCCAGGGUCAGCGGAUGUGUGGAUCAUUUUGCGCCUACAGAAUCUGAUGCGUACAGCUGCGCACGAAUGAUCAUUUCAACCUUAAACUUUGACUCUCAGCCCGAUGAGCGCGCAGAAUACGAGGAUCCCAUUUAUGAUACCCGGGAGUUAGCGGGUCUAGCGCCACGCGAUUAUAGCUGCACCCUGGAUGUGAAACUGGUUCUCAGCCGCCUGGUAGAUGGUAGUAAGUUCCUGGAAUUCAAAGCCGACUAUGGAACCACUCUGGUGGCUGGAUUCUCAUCAAUCGAAGGUCACUUGGUUGGCAUACUGGCUAGCAACGGAGCGCUGACCCAUGAUGCCUCGCUGAAAGGAAGCCAUUUUGUGCAGCUCUGUAAUCAGCGCAGUGUCCCUCUCCUGUUUCUUCAGAACACGACGGCUCAGGAAGCCCUCCCACCGAGUGUCUCCAAGGCCGAGCAGAUCACAAAUAGAUUGAAGGCUCAGGCUGCGAUGAUUGCUGCCGUAGCUUGCGCCACAGUCCCCAAGAUUACGCUUGUCGUUGGUGGCUGCCACGGAGGAGAGAGUUUCGCCAUGUGCGGGAGAUCAUUUGAGCCAAACUUCUUGUUCCUUUGGCCAAAUGCGAGAACAGGUCUAGUGGACGCGGACAAUUUGUCGUGGAGUGGUCAAGCGGGAGAUGAUUGGACAGAUGAGACCGAAUUCAGGACUCUUAUAGACAGACUGAAAGAGGAAAGUUCAGCUUUCUACUCGUCAGCCAGGCUCUGGGAUGAUGGAGUGAUUUUACCCGAGGACACAAGACAUGUGCUGGGUAAGUGCUUGAGAAUUAUCGGCCAGCGGAAGUACGAGAGACCCGCGGCCCGCCACAGUUCUCCCACGCUGAGGAUGUGACCAGUAUACUGUAGAUCGGAGAAUAUUUAAGUAUAUAUUAUACUGAGUUACCAGCACUUUUCUCAGGAAGAAUAAUAUGGUGCUACCGAGGCAAUCAGCGGAUCUGUGUAUGUAUUAUAGAAAGUAUCUUUUGUACAUUUGUGCCUUUUACAUGAAGAGCAAAGCACCGCCGCCACCUCUAUGAGUGGGUUCUGUAAGAUUAACAAAAGCUUUCAUUGUAUUGUAAGAUAUUUUAAUAAAUAAAUAUAAGCGUAUUGGUUAUGAA